UGGCCUGGGCGCCUAUAAAAGGCUCGGCGGGGCCGGCGCCGCGCGGUGGGUCAGGCUCGCGAGUGGAGCGCGCGUCACGCAGCUCCCGCCGCUGUCGCUCGCGCCCUCUCUCCUGCCGCGCCCCGUCAGCCGCCGCUCAGGUACGUGGUAAGGUGACAGCUAUUGAACUAUGGCAUCCAACAAGAUAUGGUAUACCAUAGCCCUUGGACUUCUGCUGCCUUUUUCUUAUGCCCAUACGGACUUCUUCACUUCCAUUGGUCAUAUGACAGACUUAAUUAAUACAGAAAAAGACCUGGUGGUGUCACUGAAGGAUUACAUCAAGGCAGAAGAAAGCAAGCUGGAACAGAUCAAAAAAUGGGCAGAGAAAUUGGAUCAGCUGACAGAUACUGCUACAAAAGACCCAGAGGGGUUUUUGGGACAUCCUGUAAAUGCAUUUAAGUUGAUGAAACGGCUUAACACAGAGUGGGGUGAGCUGGAGAGCCUGGUUCUGAAGGACAUGUCAGAUGGCUUUAUCUCCAACAUGACUAUCCAGCGGCAGUUUUUCCCAAAUGAUGAAGAUCAGACUGGUGCAGCAAAAGCCCUGUUGCGGCUUCAAGACACGUAUAAUUUGGAUACAGACACCCUCUCAAGAGGGAAUCUUCCAGGUGUGAAGCACAAAUCCUUUUUAACAGCUGAAGAUUGCUUUGAGCUGGGAAAGAUUGCCUACACUGAAGCUGAUUACUACCACACUGAGCUCUGGAUGGAACAAGCUCUGAAACAGCUGGAUGAGGGAGAAGUGUCUUCGGCAGAUAAAGUCUACAUUCUGGACUACCUGAGUUAUGCUGUGUAUCAGCAGGGGGAUCUGGGCAAAGCCAUGACACUCACCAAACGCCUUCUGGAACUGGAUCCUGAACACCAAAGAGCAAAUGGGAACAUGAAAUAUUUUGAAUAUAUCAUGGCUAAAGAAAAAGAAGCAAAUAAGUCCAGUACGGAUUCAGAAGACCAGAUGGAGAAGGAAACAGAGGUUAAGAAAAAGGAUUACCUGCCCGAGAGAAGGAAGUACGAAAUGCUGUGCCGUGGGGAGGGUCUCAAAAUGACUCCUCGGAGACAAAAAAGACUCUUCUGCCGCUAUUAUGACGGAAACAGGAAUCCUAGAUACAUUCUGGGCCCUGUCAAGCAGGAAGACGAGUGGGACAAACCUCGGAUUGUUCGCUUCCUUGACAUCAUCUCCGAUGAAGAGAUCGAGACUGUGAAAGAACUAGCAAAGCCAAGGCUGAGCCGUGCUACUGUUCAUGACCCUGAGACUGGGAAACUGACCACAGCACAUUACAGAGUCUCUAAGAGUGCUUGGUUGUCUGGAUAUGAAAGCCCUGUGGUGUCUCGCAUUAACACAAGGAUACAGGACCUAACAGGACUUGAUGUCUCUACAGCAGAGGAGCUACAGGUGGCAAAUUAUGGAGUGGGAGGACAGUAUGAGCCCCACUUUGACUUUGCACGGGCAAAUGAGCCAGAUGCUUUUAAGGAAUUGGGAACAGGCAACAGAAUUGCUACUUGGUUGUUUUAUAUGAGCGAUGUGUCAGCAGGGGGAGCUACUGUCUUUCCUGAAGUAGGAGCUAGUGUUUGGCCUAAAAAGGGAACGGCUGUAUUCUGGUACAACCUCUUCCCAAGCGGAGAAGGAGAUUACAGCACGCGGCAUGCGGCCUGCCCAGUACUAGUUGGAAACAAAUGGGGUAAGUACCCCUCACGUUGUUCUCGCUGCCUGUCACCUGGACGUCCGGGCCUUUGUUGGUGGGUUGUCUUGGUUUUCUUUUUCCUCUGGUGGAAUAAGAAGCAGCCACAAAUUACAUCCUUUAUAAAGAAAUCUACUUUAUAGCUAUACCUACUUCGUAUCUCUCUAUAUUAUGUUAUAAUAAAAUAUGCUACUAUAUAAUAUAUCUCUCUAUAUAAUAAAGCUAUCUAUAAAAUGUAGUAGUAGAUCUACUUCAAAGGUCUGUUGUAGUUUUGCAGCUACUGGAAGAUUUUUUCCCUCUUGGAUUUAUUAGACCACCUUCAUGCAUGUGUGUGUAUUAAAAUAUUUUAGAAAAUUGAGGUAACGCUGUGCUUAACUGUAAGCUGGCCAAUAGCAUAUAUUUAGCUUAAAUAGAAACAUGAGCUAACCAGGUACGCUGAUCAAAUGCCUUUGUCUUUGCAGUAUCCAAUAAAUGGCUCCACGAGCGGGGACAGGAAUUCCGAAGGCCGUGCACUUUAUCAGAGUUGGAAUGAUGCAGACUCGUCCUCCGUCUCCUCUGUGUUCAGUUUGUGUAAAAUGCACACAUCUCCUACAGUUUACAAUUGACUAACACUCCACUACAGGUUCAGUCUUCAACUACACCGGUGUUUCAUCUGUGGACAAAACAAACACGCUUUUAGUUCCUUUAAAGUAUCCCUUUAUGGUUUUGUGAGCAGAAUAUAUCCAGGUUUGAGUGUUUCAGAGAAAAAAAACCAGACAAAAUACAGACCAGGGACACAACGAACAGUGGUGUUGUGUGUGGUGUUCCCUUCACCAUCGCCCCUCUGCUGAAUGUGGAAAGCCAGUGAUUGUUUGCUUAGAGUCCUCCUUGUACCUGUCAGUCUGCUGAGGGCGGGAUGAUUUGAUGGGAGGGCUCCCCGCUAAGGAAGGCUGAAUUAAACCAGUUCGUAUUCCUCAAUUUCCAGACAUUCGACUCCUUGCUUUUCUAGAGUGCCUGACUGUUGAGAACUGCGGCCAUGGUGUUUGUUUCACCAGGAGCAGGUUGUUACUAUGUUUUAGCCUGUUUCUCUGCUUCCACAAAGCCCUGAUAUUUAAACGGGCUUCCUUCUUAGCCUCUGUUGGGGCGUUUGGCUCUCAGUUGUGAAAAUGUGAGCCAGCAAUUACAUAUGCAUAGACGAGAUGCUUCGGCAGUGUUGUGUGAAACACAUGCCUGCAGCAGAGCAGCCUGACAAUAAUUACAGGCCAUGUGCCCUCCAUUUUUUUUCUUUAGUGUUUGUCCACGUAAACUAAUGCUGCUUUUAUUCUGUCUUAGUAGCCAACUCUUAGGCCUGGUCCUUGGCCUGUGGGGGAUGGGCCUGUUACCAUCUUCAUUAAUCAUAAUAAUUGUGCCUUAGGAUACAGGAAUUUCAAAUUAGUUAUGAGACUUCAGGUGAUGAGGCAAUACAGAGUCCUCACAGAACGCUCCCCACCCUCAUUCUCCCAGUUCCUCAAGGUUUUGUGAGAAAUAGAUGGCCGAUUUACAAUCCUAAAUGUCUUUUAGAGGUGGUUUGGUUUUUUCCCCAAAUGUGUUUUUUCUGCUGUGGAUGCUGAACACAGGCCACAGCAGCGACAUGCCUUUAGUCACAGGGUGCCUGUUGGCACAGGAUGCCACAGGAGGGGGCUGCUCUGGAUGGUUUGGUGUUGCUCACCUUGUGGUGCCUCCCCUGCCCUUGGUGGUCACUGGCACUCAUGAGCCAGGGAGUGCUGGGAAGGGGCCUCCCUCCAGAGCUCUGAGGCUGCUCUUCCCAUGAGCCAGGGCUGGAGCCGUUCUUGUUCACACUGGCCCCACAGGAAAAGCACCCCCACAGUCAGCAGUGCCUGCGCUGGAAGGACACUCGGGGACCUUAGUUUGUGACAAGUCAUCCUUACACCGAGAUGAAGUUGAAGCCCUUGAGGGAGACGAGACUGUGGCUGCCGUAGCUGUUGACCUUGCAUUCUGCUCGUCAGAGCCCCGCGGGAGGCAUACCUGCUGCCCCCAGCGCAGGAAGAGCGAAGCGGGGCGGGAGAGGCUGCAGGGAGGUUCGCUUUCCUAAGCCAUUUCUCUUCAGCAGCAGGAUUUCUAGCAACAUGUCUGAAUAUUCCACUAGCAUGAGGACAAGAAUCAAAGUGAGCUGCACCAGACCCUACCUAAAAGUGUCUGAUUUUGAUGAUGAUGGUUUUACUAGUCAUGGGGUCAAGCCUGAAGUCUUUACCAAGGGAAAAAAAAUUCCAAUUUUAAUUAAUUGGAUUUUCUGCCUCAAAAUCUUGAAAAUUGAGCCAAAACAUAGAUGAAACCAACCGUUAACCUGUUAGAAAUACCUCUGGCGUACUGAGACUGCAGUUCUAAGGUACUACAGUUUGAGAAACUGCAUGCUUUCAGAAGACACUUUAAAAUCUUUGCUGGAAAAUGUAUUGUUAAAUUUCUACUGAGCCUGUUAGCAGUGGGACCUGCCUAACUGUUUUGCCGUAGCCCUACACCUUCUUCCAUUUUUGCCUGUGCUUUUGGCAGAUGUGAAACAACGUUCAUCCACCUCUUAAGAAAACAAAUAAAAAGAAGUGGAAAUAGGUCCACCUCA